AGAAACUGCUUGAAGAUCGCGGAAACGCUCCCCUCGCACCAUUUUCCCUUUGUCUCUAUGCAUAAAAGUUGUCGCUAACGGCUUCAUGUAUCUUAAUGUUUGUACCACAUUUUAUUCGAAUACAAGAAAAAUAAGGUUAGUAGCAUCCACCUUCAUGCUCACAACUAACUGAGCAAUGGCAGUGUCCGGAUCUAGAAAAAAUGUUGUCAUACGAUAUCUGGUGAAGGUUGUGCAUCUAGAAGUUCUAGAAACAACAUCGACAACAUAAUACUCUUUUUCAUUCAUCCUGCCGGUAGGUGCUGCAUACCUAUUUGGGAUGCACAGAACAGAUCUGCAUAAGUACAAAACACUACCAAAAUGUCAAACCACAAGGGCAAGGAGGCUCAGGUGGAGGAGGAUGAAGUCCUUUUGCCGGGACAGAUGCGCUGUAGCGCUGAAGUUCACAAAGGUGCGAGGGUCCAAGAUCUCACUUCGACGGAGUUGAAACACUAUGGCUUGUAUUUCAGAUUAAAAAAAUUGAAGAAGAUUUAAUCCUGGUUCAUCAGAAGUAUGUGCAGCUGCGACCACUGCGCUCUUGCAAAGAAAUCUAUCUCAUCUGGCGACCACUGCACUCGUUACUUACAAAGAAAUCUAUCUCAUCUGUAGAAAAAAUCUAUCUCAUCUGUAGCUGUACAUCAUUUACUGUUACAGUACUCUACCUACUUGUUAGUACUUACACAAUACCAAUACCAAUAGAUACUGUAUGUCAAUGUCCCUCAAGAACUGCACCCUCUCUAAUCCAUUGCAGGAACAGUGAUUCAGGUGAACAAAGGCAGUGGCGAGGCUUUAGUAAGGUGGGAUCCUGUAGUGAACGAAGAAGAGGUGGAAGAAGGUGUGAGUGCGGCUGCUAUGCAGGCAUUGAAUUAUGGGACAACUACAUGUAGUAAGUUGUAGAUACUUGGGAUUUAGUAAUGUAGUUGUAGUAGAUACUUCUGUAGUAAGUAGACAUAUUAGUAAGUAGACAUAUUAGAAGAUACUAUGUACUACGUAGUAGAUACACUACACAACUUCGGGACUUCUUGGAUUUAUUGUUGUACUUCCGUAGAUUCUUUUCAUUUGUACUUGUUCCUAGACCCACUCUAGGCGGCCUCUCUAAUUCUGGGUCCGCGAGAACCUAAAAGCAGCUGCCGCUUUGGGUGUCGAAUUGAAGGCUGCUCUUGAUGGAGAAGGUGGCGGCCCCCUCUGGGGCGAUGAUGAAGCCGACAACAGAACCGAAACUUGGGCGAAUAUCGACCUUCUAUUAAGGCUCAUCUCACAUCUGGGGAACAACUCAUUUUCAUACAUACUACCUUCUAUUAAGGCUCAGCUUCUGAAGGAUAUGAUCUUUAGAAGUCCAUCUUUUGAAGAAGUGCAUCUUUUGAAGAAAGAACUGUAAAGAAGGAUGGAUAUGGAUUAAAAACUGUUCCUGAACCUCCUGGGUACGAGAACUUGGGUACUAGCUCUAAUUCCAGAGCUGAUCCCCGACUGGAACUUCGCAAAAAACGAAGUGCAGCAAGAAGCCCUUUACGACAAAGAGACAGACUAUAAGACGAUCAAGAAGGAACUGCUGUACGGCAAGGCCACAAAUUUGAUAGGAGAAACACUGAUUCAGCCGUCAGUAUUUACGGAUAUUCGUUCUGCCAACGCCAGAUAUGCUGGUGCGAAGUAUGUCGGGACGGCGAAAAGAGGUAUAAUUACAACUAUUUUUUCUACAGGAGAUGAAGAAAGUUGUUCUUGUUUGUAAUUCUAUGAAGUUAUGGUUACUGAUCUGGGCAAAAUUCCAUUCCAUUCCAUGGUUAUGCUAUGAAUGUCGCUUCAUCUUCCUUGUUCGAAGGACAUCCUACAAAAAUACGAGUUUCUCUUGUGCCAAUUGGUAGUACACGAUAGAGGCUUAGCUUUAGAUCCGUCCAGCUGCAUCAUUUUUCCUCGAGCAACGAACAAGCACCCUCAUCAUCGCAACAGAAAUCACUGGACGUGCUAGCAUUCCAUCGGGGUCUAUUCCUAGUGACCAUUUGCCGCAGAACGUUCACGAAUGGGGUCGUGACCAGAAGUUUUUCGGAUCUGAGGAGUACCACAAACAUGGUUUCCCGAAAUCCGGGACCGCAGACUUCGAAAUCCAUCCUCAGACGCAGAAGUUGCACCAUAAAGACUUCGAUUGCAUCGUGCACAAUGACGAUGGAGGGAGGAAGUUAAGACUUGAUCUUUGUUGAGACUAUAAGUUUUUGAUCUUCUUUCAUUUUCUCCUUCGUUUUCAUCCUCCAUUGGGUUGAGGGCGGUCACUUGCUAAACCAACUGCGCAUAUGGCCUUGGCCAUAAGUGCAUGAUUGAGAAAGAUCAUCCUCUGAUACAACCUAGAUGACAAAAUCAAACUACAAUUCUCGUCUACUUCUUCCCCCACUCCUCGUCCCCUUUCGCUUCUAAGCAACGCUGGUCUCGCAUCCUCUGACUCGGACGCCCAUUCCGAGGACAGCAUUCCUUCCAGUGACGUGUUGUCAGAAGCAGGACCUCACGUAGUGACUUACAGUGUCCGGCAAAAGGGGAGUAAGCUCACGUCCAAUGCUGACAGUGCGCAACAAUUAUUAAGGCUCACGAUAAUUCAUCGCCACUUUGGUUUUCCACUGCUUCCACGUUGGUUCUUGGAGCAACCUUCGUUCUUGGAUCCUGACGAGAUGAAAAAUACGAAGGUUUUCAAAUGAGAUGAAUUGUAGUGUUGAGCGCUAAACCAAGGUCCUCAGAGUACCAGUGGUGCUACAGGAACAGGUACGGGGGAAGACGAAGAUGAUGUAUUUACUACUCAUCAACACAAGAUUCACAAGUCGAGGACCAUGAAGUCGGUCUCUUUUGCGCCUACGCCUUGGCUGGAGCAUGACGGCGAUAAGGCGAAGUUGAGGAACGAGAUUGACGCACCACGAUCACCGGAGAUGACCUUCAAAAGAUUUCGAUCGCAGUUGAACAAUGACCCGAUCAUUGACACGAGGCUACACCACGCAAUUUUAAAAGAAGCGCACGAAAACCGGUUGCUUCCUCGCGUUGGGUACUCAAUUUACGGCUUCUUCCACAAGUGAUCCAGCCUUUUUUUUCAUUUUUUCAACGAUCAUCUUCGUUCCUGAUCAGUCGUGGUUUUUUGUAGCUCUAAGGAGUGCGGAUGCGACCGAAAGAGCGCGCUCGGACUGAAGAGCAUAUUGAUGGGGACAACGACUUGGCUUCAGCGACCGUGACGAACCGGCAUCCUGGCGGCGCAUUGGAUGUAGGCAGUGCGGCUGCACUAGGCACCAUAGCUGGUCGUGGCGCGUUUGCGUCUCAGGAAGAGCAAGAGGCGAGAGCGGAGGCGCAGAAGAUGAUAGAGAACAAGCCUUUCGAUUGGAAUAGUGCGUUUUACGGGAAAAAAUGGACGAAAACGAUCGAAGAGGAGAAAGCGAAAGAGGCUGCGAAACAGAAAGUUAUGUACUGACAUAGAGAUAAUCAUCGACUUCGCUCUAGUACGUACUCCUCGCAGUAGUUUAUCAUCUUCAGACUUUGAUUCAAAGGAAAAUUAUCUUCGCUUGAGACCAUUACCUUGGUAGCUUCGCCCUUCACGUUCUAAUCCAUCCGAAGAAGCGGCCAGGGUCUCUGCAUCCGCACCCACGAAAGUUCCAGGAGGUGACAGGGCUAAGGGACCAAAGCUCGACGGGAAGACUCAUGCACCUGCCGAACACAUCGUUGAACAACUGCAUGGCAGAGAAGUAAAGCACGAGACCCACUUCCAAGGUGUCUUGGCUUACUUAAAGAACAAUGGCUUCAACGUACAUCACGAGGGUCCUUUGCCAGAUUCCUGUGCGGCGAUAAUAGCAGGAGGAGCGGACGUUAAGACUUUGAGGUUCUAGAAGUACUUUCUUACUUGUUGUUGCAGCAGCGUUGAUUCGACUUUACCUACAUGAUCAGGAAGAUAGAUCGAUCAAUUCUAUUCUCGUAAGUUUGAAACUCUAAACAUAGAGCAAACGCUAUGAAUGAUGAUGGAUCAGGGAAUUCCGACGCAGCAGCAGCAGCAGCAGCCGAAAACGCAAAGACAGUGGAGCGUGGGUUGGGAAAGAAACCUGUGGGAAUAGCAACAGCGGGAGCACAGGCCUUCGAGCGGCGACAGAAGUCUUUCUAAGGGAAAUGAUGCCUAGCUACAUCAAACGUGAUAGAUCAUGUUAGCGGUGCUGUCGAACAUAAUGUUUUCCAUUGAUAUAGUCGAAGAUUCCCCUUUUCAUUGAUAUAGUCGAUUCUACUGACUAAGGCUAAUAGCAUCCAACCUACUGUCCAUUACAAUGAGUCCUGAUCUUGUGAUUUUCAUUUCCUUCAAGGACAAUAGGACAAAAGGAUUAGUAGUUUGUAUCUUCUAGUCCCCGAACGUUGUGUCUUCUAAUCCCCAAACGUAUCGCUUCAUCGUAUCUUCUAAUCCCCAAACGUUGUGUCUUCUAAUCCCCAAACGUAUCGCUUCAUCGUAUCUUCUAAUCCCCAAACGACCGCGCCCGUGCGAUUAUGACUGCAGUCGCGCGUGGAGAGAUCACGGAAGAGCAGAAGAAGGAUGAACUUGAGAAAUUGGCCAUGGAACAUGAAGACUUUGAGCCGAAAUCGUAUGUGAGAGUUCAUCCUGACAGAACGGCAUGGGACAUGCAUAAGGAGGCAGAGCAGAGUUUCGAAGCCUUUGCCCAUAUCGGACACGUGGUAACCGAAGACCAAGACUCGUCUUCUGUGGGGGAUACAGAGACGUUUGAUGAAACACAAACUGAAACUGUCUCUCCGGGAGAGCAGACCGACGACGCUCAAAAUAUAAAUAACGCAAAGGAGCAGGAGUCUUUCGAUCCCAGGAAAUCGAUUGGUGCUGCUGGUGGAGACGGGUCAGGAAUAAACAACAAUAGGCGGUCCUCUUCUAGGAAAAGUAGGAGUCCUCCGAAGGUGGAACGCGUAGUGCAUGACGUCAGAAUGGCUCGGGUGAAGAGGGUCAUCGACUAUCAAGGCCACGCAGACAACGACAAUUGGCUUCCACCUGGACAUAGAUGGGAGCACAGCUUAUGAAAGGAUAUUAGACUUGUUGAUAUGGUAGAAUAGCGAAGGUGUUCGUCAUAGCCAACUUAGGAGCGUUGCCCGUGCUGUCACCCAUCUAUCAUCUGUCAUCUGGAGGCCGCGAUGUUGCUCGCUGGUUGCUCAUUUCUGAAAUUUUACUUUACCUUGCCCUCGCUAUCUUAAUCUUUCUUACUAGUGUAGUCGUCAAGCAAUCCCAAUCUCGAUCUCCUCUAGUUCUCAUCAUCCUCGUCAAUCCUGCGAUAUAAUCUUUUCCUCUAAAACCCGCACUAGACAACCGUCUUUGGCGUCAUUCUCCAGUGCAAGAUCACCGGCCUCUAGUUGGUGCGCAUUCGGGACCUCAGAUUGGGGAAGCAGACUUCACAAAGAAAUACGAUAAAGUCGCCCAAGGCCAUCACUCGUUUGCACCAGAGAAUCACGUUGCGGCACCUCAUGACUUAGGUGCCAACUGCUUUGGGCUGUUUUAUAACGAUUUCGAUCAGGAACAAGGUCAAGCUCAAGGACAGUCACUAUCGCGCCAGUCGCGACAGUCACAAGGAAGAGGAGUUAGUUUUUCUACUGGUACAACUAGUCCUUAUGAUCCUGACGACAACUAUGACGCGAUUCCAGAAGGAGGAAGCAAUGAGGAUCUCCUUGCCUCACUGCGAGAUGAUGACGAUGAAGAAGAGGAGCUUAAAAAGCCCAAACUGGCUCACCCGGAAGUGAACAUGGAUCCAGUUAUGCAUAUGCCGGUUGUGGUAAACGACGAGGGUGAGCACGUCCAACUACCCCUUUUUCACGGAGGCGACCAAAACCACGACGAAGUUCCUCCUCACUACACGACUUGCAGUGCACACCAGAAAUUGCACAAAGGCCGUGUGCAAGCAGGAGACAACAAACAGCAGUUAGAAAAGGGGCAACUACACGCGCAUUUACCUCCUGGCUCGCGCUGGGAGAUGCGACCUCACGACGCAAGUCAAGUAGUCAACGAGUUUCGGCAUAUCCAAGAUUUUUUGCAGUCUUGUCCUAGAACGGGUCAGCAUUUCCGACACACCUGGGAAGAACUUCAUGAGUCAAGAGAUCGCGGAGCAGUCACGUCAAACAUGAAUUACGUCGGACGGUCAACAUGCUGAUGUCCCUACUAGUCCCUGUUGCUUUGACGAGGAUAUCUAGCUUUUGAUUUUCCGUCUUAGAUGAAGAGACAAGUUGUAGUCCAUUUUUCUCUUGUUUAUGUCACUACCGAUGUCAACGCUCUCAGCUCUAAUCUGGAAAUGUAGAAGCGACCUCGGAAGUAAGGUCUGCAGAACACACCCGCGGGCCCAUGCGGUGGCGAUAUGAGAGGAGGAGGAAAGAAAGGGCAGGAGAGGAUAGGGUCAAAGGUACCGAUUUGGCCGAAGUGGACGCCGCACGGACAGCCACAGAUCAUCGAGGCAGCGGCCUAAAGAAUAGGUGGCUGCACCACAUCCUCAAGGAGACGGAAAAGAGAGACCAUUUACCUUUAGACGACGAGUUUGAGCCGACCAUGGUCCCGGGACUGAAUGUGGCGCACGAAACCCAUAUGGGCUCGGAUGAUGAGGAGUACGAGGAAAUCGAUCCGGAGAAGUUGCGGAGAUUAAGGCCUCGUCACUUAUAUAAUAGAGCAGUUUAUAGCACGGAUGGCGCAUGGGACGAAUGGCAUGAAUGGCACACCCCAACACGCCCCAUAUAUUAUGUAAUUCAUUUUUGAGUUGUUCAUCUGUGACAGACUUGCUUUCAAGUAGAAAAAGGGACAGCACGACAGAUGAGGGAAAAGCUGGAUCAUUGUAGUGAGUUCUAAGAAGAGCGCGAGAGGCCGCACUAGCAGCAGCUGAAGCGGAGAGAAAGAGACAGGAAGAAGAAGAUGCAAAGCCAAAAACGGUAGCCUUCGAUUUUGCUCUGAGUCAAGUGCGGUUACAUCGCAGAUACGGUGGCGACUCCUACGAACUGCUUGCUGGAGGCAUCAAAAAUAUCGACAUCAAAAAAAUCGAUGGAUUCGCAGAAGAUCCUAGUACAACGACAAACAAGUACAACAAGGAUCCACAUCUGAAACCUUCGGUUUUCAACGAUCACUACCACGUCCAAGAGGAGUUGCGUGCGAGCACAGCAGGAUCUGCGCACUCUCGUGUGUUUGAGUACAGACCUGGUCUGGAUGAUCCGAAUGAAGCGAAACUCGAGAGUGAUGAACACGUGCCUAUCAGUCACGUAGAUCCAUUAGUGAAGAAGAGGUCCAAGCACGUGCUCUCAGUGGCUGAGGGAGGGAAGGUGAACGGCCUGAAACGUGGCGAGAUGAUGCACCAUGAGGUGUUUGGGCCAGGUGUCGUCUUUUCGCACAGGACGGUGGAGAAGAGGAUACCUAUACCUAAGGGGGAAAUCUUCCGAGAAGGAGAGGAAGGAAGUAGUACAGAAGAAGAAGAAUUUUCUUUUAUGGGGUCGUGGUUGAAGAUGAAUACUUGUUGUAUUUGUAUACUCACUAUAGAUACAACAUUCAUAGCUGCAACUGCUAGUCGUGCUGGAAAGAGUAGAUGAGGUUCUUAUUAGUUCAUGGUCAUAGAAGGCCCAAAGGCACAUAGAUACCCAUUUCUUGUUCGGAAGUACUAGCUUUCUCAACAUGACUCUGUGUACAACGGAGUGAACUGCUUAACCGCUCUUCUAAUGAUCCAUCCGACGAAGUAGACGAAGAAGAGUCCGACGACGGUAUAGCAACCAAUAGGAGUGGCAGUCAGAAGGCACCAACAUCUCGAAAGCAGGCCUCAGAGAGAGGCACUGCAGCUACCGACAAUGGAAACGGGCCUCUUGACGGUGCAGGACAGGAACUACAGGAUGGACGAGAAACCCAAGGAGAGGAAGGUAGAUCUUCUGCAUCAUCGUCUAGUCGUGGCUCAACGUCUAUGUCUUCGACGACGAAGAGAAACAUGAAAAAAGCAGCGAAACUGGAAAAAGCGAAAAAGAAAAAUAUUAUGGCAAUUGCAUCUGAUUUUGAAUUCUGUUUAUGCUUCUUUCUCUGUAAAUAGUUGCAUUGAAGAUUUGGAUUUAUUGGAUUCACAAGAAUCAGCAAUGAAAUUCUUGCUUUAUUACGCUCUGAACGACGCCCCGCUUUGAUUGGCGCUACAAAAAUAUGGUCUGAUUAAGAUGAACUAAUUCUCGCUUCUGACUUCUUGGUUCACAUUUUUUUCCCCCCGUCCCUCUCCCCCUUCUAAGGGUCCCAAAAAGCUCAAGUCCGUUGGCGAGAUUGACCACACAGUCGUGGAUCAUCACAUCUUGACCAAGCACGUUGUGCGACCAAAGCAUGAGCACCGGCUACCGGUCCAAGUUUCCGAAGAGGAACUCCAUGAUGCGAUGAAUAGAACUCGAGAACAAUUGAAGAAGCUCAAAGCAAAGGCAGCCGAGCAGGGUUCCCACGUCGAUGAGGAGGACAUCAGGUCGUUGACGGCGCGCGUAAAUUCAGCAAGGAUGGAUCAACUGGUGGAUAAGCUGUGUCCGGAGUUAUGAUAUCAUAGUUGAAAUGCACGUAGACCUACUACCAUUGCAUCUACUUCUUUUUUCAGCAGAUGAUGUUGUACGUAGAAUGCAUGGUUGUACUACAUGUUGACAGUUCAUCUUGUAUUCACUUUCAGUCUACUCAGUACUUCGAACAACAGAUAAAUUGCCCGUAAGUUACGUGAAGAGACUGAUUACAGUAAGAAAGUGGAAGUUCAUUUUUCGUUCUCCACUCGUCUUUCUUUCGUCCCUCUCCUCUCUCUAACACCACAACGCCCUCUCGGUGGCAAAAGGUACGAUCCCAAGAGUGGCCGCCACCUUGCUUCCCUCGAGGACAUCCAUCCUGAUGACUUUGAUGAUCCAGACUUCGACUUCCCAUGGAAAAUGGUCGAUACCACUGAACUCCAAGAACGUGAGAUGCCGAUUUACAACAUGCCUCUAUCUACAACUAGUUCCGGAACAACGGGGAUUGGAAAUAACGCAGGAACAGAACAACAAGCCUCGAAAGAUCAACCACCUCGCUCAGCGUUUGAGGAAGGUCUUAUCGGCUUAGAUGUAUUGUUAAGGCUUCCUCUAUUAAUCCAUCUCUAUAGCUAUCCCCAAGCAUAUGCACCCCAAAAAUACAAGGGGAACACUCAGGCAUAUCCUUGUUGGAUUAGGAUUUCCACAGUGAUGAAUUGGGGAGAGGUCUAAUAUUGGCAAAUCGAGAGGGGGAGCCCACGCCAUUCUUCCAACUCUAUGCAGAGGAGGAUAAAAAGCCGAAGUGGAAAGCAGAGAGGGAUGAGGAUGAUGCCCAACAACCUAGUGUCUGGGAUAAAGUACAUGACGGUUUGGGCAUUCACUAGAAGUCAUCGUAGGAUCUUAUAACUUCUAAGAAGGAACAAGGCAUCAAGAUCACAUAGUAGAAAUGAGACACAAAAUGAAUUAUGCAUCGUGUUGAAAUCAAAUAAAACUUGGAGAAUAACGGUACCAGAGCAAAGUGACAAACAAAAAAGAGUGAUAUUUCAUUAGCUAGUACCUCACUGCACAGGAAAACAUCUUGCACAGUCUUAACAUUCAACAAACAUUUACUGAGACUUCGACUUACAAUCAUGCAUAAGAUCAGCACCCAUGGAUGAUAGACUAUAUUGAUCUUCUUUGUAACAUCAACACGAACACCCAUGGAUGAUAGAUUAUGAUCUUCUUUGUGAUUCAUUGUGGCUUCGUUGCUAUUCCUAUGUUCUUG